AUGCUGCCACUGAGAUUGCAGGAUGUGGACAGAUCUCAAGAGGCAACGGAUGCGCUGACGACGCUCAAGGCGCUGGCGGAGAUCCCUAUUGGCUUCCAAGGUAGAACCGAUCCAACGACAGACUUUCGUGGCAUGGGCGAGCUUGCGCUGCGGUGCUUGACACGUGUUGUGCUCAACCACGCCGAAGUGCACGAGCGAUGCCUGCGUGAAGAAGGCGACCGCUUCUUCUACUUCUUCGCCAUUGCCGGCAUCAACCUCUGCCAAUCCUUGUACAGGAUGCUGAACUGGCACAAUGAGCUUGUGAACCACCUGUACAAGGGCGUGGACACGUCAAGCGAGGAUGCUGUCGUCAACGUGUCCGCCGCCGUCUUCUACAUUACGGAGAUCCAGCGGUAUCUUGAGGACGGCGGUCCGCCAGCACUCGUCAUUAUGCAGUUUGAGAGCAUCCGCAACAAUGCCUAUGUAUGUCUGGAUCUGCCUGUGCUGUCGCGUGCUGUUGCUCUUGUAUUCCACUCAGAGCAGGCCCGCCGUGAGAGCGUGCAGGUGGUGAUCCACAAGCCGCCCACCGCGCGGGGAGUCCGCUACGCCAUGACCACACUCAGCAUCAAGCCGUCCACCCCCGUGCGUGCAGUGAAGGAGCUGAUUGUGCAGCAACUGCCGGACCUGAUGUCCGCCAACCUCACGUACUGUGUCGACGGCAAGGAGAUUGCUGACAGCGACGCCAUUGCGCCCGAGGGAGCGUUCGCGCGCCACCCCCACAGCAACAGCGUGUUCCUGCACUUCCGCUACGAAGACCCUACACUGGAGGAGGUUGUGCAGGCGCUGCGCAAGGAGCGGGACUUUAUCAUCCCCUUGGACCAGGUCAAGAUCAAGGGAAAGUGA